GGGCAUUGUGUGCGCGGGGUUUGGGGAGGGGGCGAGGGGGAAAUUUGGGGUUUGGGGACACCCGAUGGAGGGGGGGGCGUUCCCGGGGGUGUCCCCGGAGGGCCUGCGGGACCCCCCCGCGCCCCCCGAGCUUUGUCCGCUCCAGCUCUCGGGUGAUUUACACCGACCCCCCCCAAAAAAGGGAUUAUUUGGGAGGCGGGGGUGGGUGCGGGGCCGGCCCGGGCGAUGAGAGAUGUUUGACUUCUUGAUUUUUUUCUCUUUUUUUUCCCUUGCCGGGGAGGGGGCAGACGAGGAGCCGAGCCCCGGAGCAGGAAUUGGGUGUUCGGGAGAUGUUGCCAAGCCUCGACCGGAGCGUUUGAAAGCGAGAUCGCCUUUUUGGGUUUUUUUUUGUCUUGUUUUUUGUCCCCUCUUUUCCUUGCUUUUUCUUCACCUCCCCUCCCCCUCUGGCCCCUCUCCGGAGGGAUGUGUGUGAUCAGCCAGUGGAAACACAAAUGUCCCGAUUUUCCUGAUUUUCCCUGCCCCUCUUUGAAAGGGACAAAGUGAAAAAAAACAGCCAAAAAAAACCCCAACUGGCAAGAUGUUCCUGACCUGCGAGGGGACCUUGGGGAUCGUUCCGGCCACCAUGGACUACCCCGCGCCAGCCCGGCCGGGCCAUUUCCACGCCGGCUACCAACAGAUCGAAGGGAUCAACUUGGGCUACUUACAGAUCAACGGCACCCAGAUGUUCGCGCUGGCCCAGGUGCUCAGCGACCUGUUCAAGGACAUCCCCAGGACCACCAUCAGCAAGAAGAUGGAAACCUUAAAGAUCAAGAGCCGCCGCUGCGACCUGGCCGAGCUGCGGACCCUCAAGGCCAUCAACUCGGUGCCCACGCGCGCCGUGAAGUGCUCGCUCAUCUCCAAGGCGGACCUGGAGGCUCUCUGCACCUCCUGCAAGAGCCUCCGCCGGAGGAAGAGGAGGAGGAAGAGCAGGAGAAGGGAGCAGCUGCUGCUGCCGGGCCCGGGGCAGUUCUUCGCCUGCCCGCGGCCCCCGCCCUGCAGAGCCGGCGGCUGCUGCGGUGCCCCCGGCCGGGCAGUGCCGCCCCCCGGCCCGCAGCAGCUCCAGCCCGCCCGGGGGGGGCUCUUUGCGGGGGUCCUGGCCGGCUCCCCCCGAGACCUGGCGCUGCUGCACCCCGCGGCCGCGCAGCCCUGCGCGCUCCCGGUGCCCGCGGGCCGGCACCGGCGGGGCCCGGGCUGGCCCCGGGGGCUCCUCCCGCCCGGAGCGGGGCCCGCGGCCGCCAGGAAGGGCCGGUGCCGCGACUUCCCCGCCUCCAAGCGCCAGGGAACGUCCGCCGGCUACUCCAGCGACUCGGACUCCAGCCUGGACCUCGCCGCGUCCAGCCCCGCCACCUCCAGCGACUCCUCGGAGGAGGAGGAGGAAGAGGAGGAGGAGGAGGAGGAGGAGGAGGAGGAGGAGGAGGAAGGGGACAGCUCGUGCAGCAGCGAGGAGGGCAGCUCCUCGGAGUCGGAGAGCAGCUCGCUGUGCAGCGGGGACUCGGUGCAGAGCACGCGGUACCGGCAGGCGGCCCUGCCCCGCUUCCAGCCCCCCCGGGAGCCGCUCGGGGAGGAGCGGCCGGCGGAGCCCCCCCCGAGCAAAGCGCUGCGCCCCGACCCCGAGCUCCUCUUCCUCUCUCAGCAGCUCUGGGCCCGCACCCUGAGAGCGUCAACUUUGGAAAGUUUGAGCGCGGCCGCAGCGGCGGGGGCUCAGCCGGGGCUGAACGCGAGGCACGAGGCCUCCCCUGCCUCCUCCUCCUCCUCUUCCUCCUCCUCUUCCUCCUCGCCCCCUCCCUCCCCGAGCAGCAGCACCCCCGGGGGGGGCCCGCCACAAAAGGAGCGCGGCUCUGGGGACGCUGCAGGGAAGGAUUUGCACAAAGGUGCCUCGAACAAAAGCUCCUCGUUAGAGCGGCCCAGCGGAGCCUCCGCGGGGCCGGCGCCUUCCCCGGAACCGGCCCCGGAGCUGCGGGCGAGCCCCGCUGCCCUCGGCGAGCCCCGGCCGGAGCAUUUCGACCGCUUGAUCCGCCAGUCCAAGCUGUGGUGCUACGCCAAGGGGUUCAACGUGGACGGGAAGGGUUUGCGGCACGGCCGGGGCAGCCCGGAGCCCUGGAGGGGAGCGGAGCUGCGGUUCCAGCCCCGCGGAGGAGCCGAGAGCCCCGCGGCGCUGCGGGGCCGCCAGGACGGCAACGCCAAACGGCGGCGGCUCGCCAGGGGCACCGAGAGACCGCGCGGCUCCCCCAAAGCCAGGCCGCCAAAAACUCCCCGGAGGAAUUCCAGGAAGGGAAACGCUCCCUGCAAAGCCAGCCCGCCUCGGAAUUCCUUCAGCCUGAUGGGCAACUUCCCCUGCACGCCCUCGCUGGUGGUGGGCGAGGACGGCGACCUGUGCCCGGCCUCGUCGCUGGGCGGCAAAAACUCCUGGGCGCUGUCCAAGACGCACCCGCUGUGGCGGUGGCACCUGGGGGGCAGCGCCAUCCCCGUGCCCCCCAGCCUCAAAUUCCGCGGCUGCGCCAGCCUGGAGGAUCCCUGAGGAGAGCAGGAAAAAUUCCAGGAUCGCGGGAGGUGCCCGGGAUGGGAGCGGGGUCUCCCCGGCCCGCGUGGGGAAGGGGCUGCCGGAGGAGCCGCGCGGGGAUUUGGGGCCGAUUUGGGGCUGAUUUGGGGCCGAUUUGGGGCUGAUUUGGAGCUGAUUUGGGGCUGAUUUGGGGUCGAUUUGGGGCUGAUUUGGAGCUGAUUUGGGGCUGAUUUGGAGCUGAUUUGGGGUCGAUUUGGGGCUGAUUUAGGGCCGAUUUGGGGAUCAUUUGGCGCUGAUUGGGGUCGAUUUGGGGCCGCCUGGGGCCGCGUGCGCUGCGGGAUGUUGGGUUUGGGAGGAGUUUUAGGGUGAGGUUAAAGCGCGCGAUGGAACCCAAAUAAUUCCCCAAAAACUCUGGAAACGAGGGGGUGAUUCCCAGGAAGGGGGUGUAGGGAUGAAACGGCAGCUGGGAAAACUGGGAACGAGCUGGGAAGGAGCUCCCGCCGCCCUGACCUCCCGACCCUACUCCCAAAAAAACAACCCCAAAUCCAGACCUCAUUUCUCCUUUUUCAUUUAUAAAAAUUGGAUUUAAACAAUAAAAAUCCCACUCAGGAAAGGGAAAA